GUUACACCACCGUUUCCUUUCCCUCACACACUCUCUCCAUUUACCAUUUUGCUUCUCUCAUCAUCACUCACUGAAAUCAUGUCGGUGGAUGAAAGAGUGAACGUUCUAAUGGUGUCAAUGGCCUUGCAAGGCCACAUGAACCCCAUGCUAAAGUUCGCCAAGCACCUUAUCUCAAAGGGUGUUCAUGUCACCAUCGCCACCACCGAAGAUGGCCGCCACCGCAUGCUCAAGAAAACAAAACCCUCAAACGCCAACAGCAACAAUAGCAACAACAAAAACAACCUUAAAUUUUCCGACAACUCUGGCAUCGAACUCGUGUUCUUCUCCGACGGUCUUAGCCUCGGGUUCGACCGUUCCGACACCGAGUCAUUAGUCAACACCACCCGAGAAAAAGGCUCCACAAACUUCUCCACUCUCCUCACCGGCCUCACCAAAGUUCGUAAAUAUGCGUGCGUUGUUGUAAAUCCUUUUGUGCCUUGGGCUAUUGAUGUGGCUGCUGAACAUGGCAUCCCAUGUGCAAUGCUUUGGAUCCAAGCCAGUGCAACCUAUUCAAUUUACUACCGUUACUUAAAGAACAUAAACUCUUACCCUAAUUUGGAGGACCCAAAUGAGAAGGUGCACUUGCCAGGACUACCACCAUUCGAGGUUAAGGACAUUCCUUCUUUCAUUCUCCCUUCCACCCCUUAUCAUUUCAGGCAUCUCAUAAGGGGUUUGUUCGAGGCUUUGAACAAGGUGAAUUGGGUUUUAGGGGCUUCAUUUUAUGAAAUUGAGAAAGAGAUUGUUAAUUCCAUGGCUUCACUAACCCCGAUUUACUCUGUUGGACCAUUGGUGUCACCUUUUCUGUUGGGAGAAAACGAAAAAAGUGAUGUUAGUGUGGACAUGUGGAGUGCUGAGGAUAUUUGCUUAGAAUGGCUUGACAACAAGCCAGAUUCCUCAGUUAUCUACGUGUCAUUUGGCAGCUUGCUUGUGCUGUCACAGAAGCAAGUUGAUAACAUAGCCGCAGCAUUGAAGAACAGCAACAAGGCUUUUUUGUGGGUGGUUAAGCCUGGAGGGUCCAAUGAUGAUGAUGUUGUUGCUGCUGAAUUGCCAAAUUGGUUUUUGGAUGAAACUAAUUAUAAGGAGAAGGGUUUGGUGGUGAAGUGGUGCCCUCAGGAGAAGGUGCUGAUGCACCCUUCUGUGGCUUGCUUCAUAAGCCACUGUGGUUGGAACUCUACUCUUGAGACUGUGGUCACUGGUGUCCCUGUGAUUGCUUGGCCCUUUUGGACGGAUCAACCAACCAAUGCUAUGCUUAUAGAGAACGUGUUUCGAAAUGGGGUGAGAGUGAAAUGUGGAGAAGAUGGAAUUGCUAGCGUGGAAGAGAUUGAAAGGUGCAUUAGGGGAGUUAUGGAAGGGAAAAGUGGUGAAGAGAUUAAGAAGAGGGCUAUGGAGUUGAAGGAGUCAGCACAGAAAGCUUUGAAGGAUGGUGGUAGUUCUAAUAAGAAUAUCAAUCAAUUUAUCACUGACUUGAUUGCUUGGAAUUCAGCUAGGGCUUGAUCGUUCUCACUAGCUGCUGCACUGUGUUAAGUUGUAAUAUGUAUUGGUCGUUCUUGAUUUUCUUACUGUGAUACAGUGCAAUAAUGCAUUAUAUGUAUUGGCCAUGCAAUAAUAACUAGCAAGUUCAAUUACA